UAUCAGUCUCUCCUUCCAUUGCUCUAGAACAAAGAACAAGCGUCUUCUCUGAGAAGCCAAAAUAAUGAAAAAGCAGUGUCAUUGAAAGAGAGAGAGAAAAGAGUAUCAGAAUUUGAUCAACAGCGAGAAGAUUCACAGAAAUUUUGCUUCUUCUCCAAGCCAAAAAUCCCAUUCUUCUUCCACUCAUUAUUUCUCACUCUAAAUUCUCUCUCUAUAAAUCAUCACAGAGAGAGAUUUUGAUGCUCUGAUAGUUCCGCCAUUAAAGCUUUCACGCUGUAUCCCACGACACGAGAUAUAAGCAGGUUCUUCUCACGGAAAAGCUAAACUUUCUUCAACCCUUUUUCUCUGCUAUAAAACCCCACUCGAUCACCUUCUUUUCACAAGCUCACACAACAAUGGCGGCAAAGCAGAGGACUUUGGGUUUGGGUUUCGGAUUCUUGAUCCUCUCUCUCUGUUUUCUCAACUGUAAUGUGAUGAUCGCCUUCGCCAUUCUCGACCCGCUCGAUUUUCUCGCUCUCCAGUCGAUUCGAAAAGCCCUCCACGACCUCCCGGGCUCCAACUUCUUCGCCUCCUGGGACUUCACCGCCGACCCCUGCAACUUCGCCGGAGUCUAUUGCGACGCCGACAAGGUCAUCUCCCUCAACCUCGGCGAUCCCCGCGCUGGCUCCCCGGGCCUCACCGGCCGGAUCGACCCGGCGAUCGGUAAGCUUUCCGCGCUCGCCGAGUUCUCGAUCGUUUCUGGCCGGGUCUACGGGAAACUUCCCCAGUCAAUGUCGCAAUUGAAAAACCUCCGCUUCCUCGCCGUCAGCCGGAACUUCAUCUCCGGCGAAAUCCCGGCGACGCUCGGCCACCUCCGCGGCCUCAGAACCCUCGACCUCAGCUACAACCAGCUCAGCGGAGGAAUCCCCCGCGCGAUCGGAACCCUACCGGAGCUCACGAACCUCAUUCUCUGCCACAACCACCUCUCCGGUUCGGUCCCUCCGUUUCUCUCCCAAUCGCUAACCCGCCUCGACUUAAAGCACAACGGUCUCUCCGGUUCGUUCGCUCCCGGUUCGCUCCCUCCCUCUCUCCAAUACCUCUCUAUCUCAUGGAACAAGUUCACCGGUCCAAUGGACCGGCUUCUGAACCGGCUCGACCGGCUAAACUACCUUGACCUGAGCCUAAACCAGUUCACCGGUCAAAUCCCGGGUCGGGUAUUCACCUACCCAAUAACCAACCUCCAAUUGCAGAGGAACCAAUUCUCCGGUCCGCUCCAGCCGGUUGAUCAAGUCACGAUCCCGACCGUUGAUCUGAGCUACAACAGGUUGUCAGGUGAAAUAUCACCUCUGUUCUCGACCGUAGAGAAUCUCUACCUCAACAACAACCGGUUCAUGGGUCAAGUACCGGCUACUUUCGUGGACCGGUUAUUGGCCGCCAGUAUACAGAUACUCUACUUACAGCAUAAUUAUCUGACCGGUAUUCAGAUUAGUCCGACGGCUGAGAUUCCUUUGAGCAGUUCGCUGUGUCUACAAUAUAAUUGCAUGGUACCGCCCGUACAGACGCCUUGCCCCUUGAGAGCUGGGAAGCAGAUAACCAGGCCAACAUCACAGUGCAUUGAGUGGAAGGGGUAAAUCUGGAAGUUCAUAUUAUAUCCGAGGGUAAAAUUGGAAAUGAAAAGUGGGAUGGGUUCGGGAUUAUGAUAAUCCUUGGGGGGUUCUUUUUGAUUCAUUAAUUUAAUUUAAUUUAUUUUUUUUGUUUUUGUGUGCGUGAAAUUUGUGGGUAAAUGAUGAAGAAUAAGAUCAUCCUGUGAAGUGUGGAUGUGAGAGAGGAAUAGUUAAAUGCUAUCAAUCCACGGGAGGCUGAAGAUUUAUGUUACUAUUUAAUACGACAAUCUUUCU